AUGCAAUUGAGGAGUUUGCUUCUGGGCACUGCCAGUGCCUUGACCUGGGUUGGAGCCUCGGCUCGUCUACUGACUGUGCCGACAACGCCCUUCACUGAGACAGGAGGGACUUAUGAUCUUUCUCAACUCACGAAUAUUGUCGUUGAUUCCCGUUAUGCCGAUAAGGUUGAUCACGAUAGCCAGACGUGGAUCCCCCCGACUCUUCAACAAUUUGCGGAGACUUUUCAGGAGGACCUCAAGUCCGCUCUGGGCUUAGACGUGCAGCUUACAAAGGGCACACAGCGCAAACCUAAUACGAUAUUUGUUACUUUGGGAAAUAACACCGACUUCAAGGAUGCUGCCGGACGAUUUACCUCCGAGGGGUAUAAUCUCAAGGUCGACAACCGCGGAUUGGUCGUGACUGGCGCCAGUCCGCUGGGCGCGUGGUGGGCUACUCGGUCGAUCAUUCAAGCCGCAGGCUCCGGCACAACCAUUGCAAAGGGCUCCGGCACAGAUGCCCCUGGAUGGGGCACUCGCGGUGCCUUCCUCGAUGCCGGUAGACACUACUAUCCGCCUGACUUCCUGGUCGAGAUGUGCUCGUACCUGUCAUUCUUCAAGCAAAAUACCUUCCAUGUCCACCUCAGCGACAACCUCUACAAUAACGUGGAACUUUACUCCCGAGAAAGGUCACUUAGCCUGGCCGCCGCGUUCCGCCUCUUGUCCGACGAUCCAGCAGUAGAGGGUUUGAAUCGCCACGGUGCCAAUGAGUCAUAUACUCGCGAACAAUUCGAGCAUGUACAGACCCAGUGCGCUCGCCGCGGAGUUACUAUAAUCCCGGAGAUUGAGGCCCCCGGCCAUGCGCUGGUCAUCGUGCAAUGGAAGCCCGAACUGGGUCUCGAGGACUUGAGCAUGCUGAACAUCAGUCACCCUGACACCAUCCCCACGAUGAAGACGAUCUGGAAAACUUUCCUCCCUUGGUUCCACAGCAAAGUGGUGCACAUUGGUGCGGAUGAAUAUGAUAGCAGUCUGAUUUCAGACUACACCCGCUUCGUCAAUGAAAUGAAUACUUUCAUCCGGGCCGAGUCGAAUGAUCGCAAGUCGGUGCGCAUCUGGGGUACCUUCACCCCGGAGGAGGGUGCAAAUGUUUCCAAGUCCGUCUCUUACCAGCACUGGGAUGUCAGUGCCGACAAACCGUACUAUGACUACAUCGAGAACGGAUACAACGUGCUCAACUCGGACGACUACAUGUACCUGGUGGGCGGCUGGUCCAAUUCAUUCGAACAAACACUCAGCAAGAGCAAAAUCUUCAAUGGUCCAUACGGCAAGCCCUACUCACCCAUCAUCUUCGACACCAAGAACAAGGGCGAUAACCCCCCUCGCAACAACCCCCGGGUUCUAGGCGAGGUAGCCGCGCUCUGGAACGACUACGGCCAGAACUCAUCGACCGUGCUACAGGCCUACUACUCCUGGCGCAACGCCCUUCCCGCACUGGCAGACAAGCAAUGGGGCGGUAACAUCACCGAGAAAGAGUAUAACUCCGUCUUCGAUACCCUGCACGCCUUAGUUCCAGGCCAGAACCUAGACCGCAGUAUCCCGAGCAAGUCCGACACAAUCCUGAAAUAUACUUUCGACGACACUUCCAACACAGUUGUGGACCACUCCGGCAACGGAUACCACGGCACCGUCCACGGCUGCAAAAUCUCAGACUCCACCCUCCACCUCGCAGACGGGUGUUACCUGGAAACGCCCCUGGGCAGCAAGGGGCGCGACUACACGCUCUCGUUCCGAGUCAAACCCACAUCCAGCACGCCGGGAACUCUAUUCGCUGGCCCGGACUCAACUUUCGUCAACGGCAACGGAACGAUCACAAACGCGACUCUGAUUAGUGGCGGGAGUCCGUACUCGUUGAACUAUACGCUGCCUCUCCAGCAAUGGACUGACGUCAGUCUUGUGGGGAAUGGAAAUAAGACGACGUUGACUGUUUCGGAAGAGGGGAAGAAGGCACGGACUAUGGAGUUCUUGGCCAAGAUCGGGGUUAAUGGAGAGUACUUUGUUUGGGCGCCCGUGGGCGUGGAGGCGCCGUUGGCGAGGAUUGGUGAGGGGUUCACCGGGUUGAUGCAGAAUAUUGUGUUGAAGGGCACUGCCUAG